AUUAAAUAGAAUCAUUGAUAUUUUGACAUAUCGCUCUAAUCCUACGCCAUCUUAAUGUAAACACCUCCGAUUAAAUUCUCUCGAACAGUAUGAAAGCAUCUUUGUUACAGUGGUUACUGCUAUGUUUCUUCGAAAAUUUGUGUUGUUAUCUUUGUCAGAUGAGAACUUCGAAUAAUUAUUUCAAUGUCAAGGAUUGAUACCUAAGCAUCUCAAUAGUCUAUAGUCUAUACUGUUGUAUGUGCGUCUCUGAUUCAGAGAUAUUGAAAGAUAAAACUAAACUACGAUUCGGAAAGCUCUGACAGUAACUUCAACAGGCUGUUGUUCAUGUGAUAAAUUGAUACCACACAGUUCACCAAAAAUGAGUGCGUGUUGUGUUUUGUAGUAGGCAACAUAAAGAAAGAGAUGUCUUUAACAAUACAGCAAAUUAUUCUGGAUGCCAAACGUCUAGCUAACCGAUUAAAGGAACAUGAUACAACAGCGGACGCUCUGCUGUCACAGGCACAGAACGUGUAUCAGAAAAUUGACACAAUGAAGCAGUACCAAGAGAAAGCGAAUGAGCUGAAUGAAUCAGCACGUCAGCGGCCACAUGCUGUGCUUGUGGCAGGCAUCCAGCAGGAGAACAGGCAUUUACGUGAAUUACAGCAAGAAAACCGGGAACUAAGAGCUGCUCUGGAUGAACACCAAAAGGCACUGGAGCUUAUUAUGUCAAAAUACCGUCAACAUGUUACACGGCUGGUAGCGUCGUCUAAAAUUGAUCUUGCUGCAUUGGGCACACAGAAAUAUUCUAAGAUCCCAUCACAAACGGAAACCUUGCAAGAUGCAGAACAAGAAAAGGUAAUUUGUGAACAGUCUAAUAAGAUUUGUGAAAUGGCUGCUGUUAUGAGGAAAUCAGCUGAAAUUGAUGAGCAAAAAGCACUUGAGGAAAGAGAAUUGGUGACCAGGUUGGCUACAGAAAAUAAGGGGUUAAGAGAACUACUUGAAAUUUCCUGCAAAAAUGGUACCCUGCGAAAUAGCCUACUUGGCAUAGAAUCUGAAGAUAAAGAAAUGCAAACGGAAAUGAACUGUGAAACAUCUUGACAGAAGUAAACAUCUGGAGGAAAAAGCACAAUGAAAGACAAACCAAGUGAUUUGUUUCUCUUUUUAAUGUGGCAGCAUGAGUCGUCAUAUAUUACAUCACUGAACUAAUGUGCAAUGAUUCUUGCCUCUGAUAAAGGAAUUGGUAAUGACUGAAUCUCACAUAAUGUUGUGUGACUGUUAAAAAUUUCUUUUGUACUACAUUUUAUACAUUAUACACUUUUCAUUGUGGUAUUCUGCUGGGAAUAAACUGUGUUUUCUGACUGUACAGCUGAAUGUUAAUGGCCAAAAUGCAGUGCCAGAAUAACCACGUCAGUGCAGCUACAAAGAGUGUGUCUAUUCAUUGUUUCAUGUGGCGUGGCAUUGGUCAUUUCUGCAAGUGUGAUUUCUGAAAGUUAUGUUUUGAAUUCAGCAUUUUGUCUGCCUGGGUAAUGUGAAUUUCAAAGAAUAAAGUAACUAGUCAGUUGUAAGUUAGACAUUUUAAUCUUUUUUUUAAGCUUAUUGUAUAUGUAAAACUUUCAAUAAGUCACAAAGGUGUGAGAUGAUCUUCAGAAAAGUAUCACAGACUGUGACCCACAGUAAGCAUCAACAGUAUCAGAAUUACGCUUUUUUUUUUUUUUUUCCUCUAUAUGGCUCUUUAAAUUUAUGACUUAUGGGAGUUCAUAUUUUUAUUUUGGACUGUAGACAGUAACUGUGAGUCAUGCGAUCAGUCGUAUCAUAAUUUUUUUUUAAUAUACCAACGUGAUUAGUAUCUAAAUCUAAAAGAAAAAAAAACUAAUACAAUUUAAAAGAAACUCCAAGGGUUUGUUUGUGUCAAUCAGUCCACUGAGUUCUCUCUUUCCUUAAAGCUUAUGACAAAAAUUUAUAAUCGUCAUUUGCUCAAACAAAUGUCCAUAUAAAAGGCAGUGCACAAGUUUCAUAACAUACUUCAUUUAGCCUUUCAUUUUCAUCUUACGUCAUAGACUUUUCUCUGAAUGAAUUAAAGUAUUUUAGGCAAAUUUAUUUGUUGGCUGUGAAGUUUAUAUCGUACACUUUCAUACUUACUAGUGAUGACUAAAAGCUAUUUACAGGAGACAUCCUGGUACUAUAACCUCAAAUUUUGUUUGUAUAAUUGGAAGUUUUGUCCAGAGCUAAAAUAUUUGAUUCUUGGCACAUGUUAGAAUCCAUUCCUUUCAACACAUCUCACAUAUUUGAGAAUGAAAUAGGCAGUUUUGGAUUUUAUAGCUACAAGUUACAUGCAUAAUGCACCAGAUACUGUGUUUAUAGUAUUCUCUGGUGACAGAGGCUGAUAUAGGUACCACAAGAGAAGGAAGAUCUAGACCAUGAAUUGUUAAUCUUGGGAAGACUUUUCAUGCUUCAGUUGAAUCCAGUGACAGUAAAUUCACUAGCUAUCCUCUACAGGUGGGGGAUGCAAAUACAGUUACAAUUGUGGAGCAUAUAAUGACAUAUUUGUGAAAUGGAUAUCUAAUUUUUCAGGAGAUAUCUUGUAGGGCAGGAAACUGUCAUUAUGCUGUUGAAACAUAUGGAAAUUCAUAAAACAGACGCAAACAAACAAAAAUUGAGAAAUAGAUCAGGCAGGUGAAAAAAAAGCCCUAAAAGUAAAGUUAUGUUACUGAAUUGUAACUUUGGUGUUAAGGUGGCAUAAGAGAUUAACAUUUUGUAUUCAACAUCUUUAGAGAAGUAACUUGAAAUUCAAGUUUAAUUAGCUAAGUUUUUGUGAUGAAAGGAAAAAAGUGAAUCACGACAAAUUAUUACUUGGCAAGGCGAACUAGUUACCUGGCUGGGGUGGCAGCACUGUUAUGUGCAUGCCCAAGUAGCAGGGAGAAGGGAGAGUACUAGCCUCUACUCCAGUGGAACACUGCCACACUUUGUAUGUCUGUAUGCGCUACUGAGUGAAGUUCCCCUGAACAAGAACAAGAACAGGAACAGUAUGAACAGUCUCUCACACAUUGGUUGCUAUGUAUGCUUCUCCUGCAGUAUCCAUGUAACUACUUCCCGUAGAGGAGAAGUGAACACAAAAUGGAACUUUGAAUUCAGAACAAUGAAAUGUUUCCUGGCACUACCGUUUGACUUUACUCCUUGCACACUGUCUUUUUGCACCAUUUAUUAUCAGUGUAGCAGGUAAGAAUCCAAAUACUAGCCAAUUUAAUUCUGAUACUUUUUCUUCAUAAAAAAAUCUAAUGUAAUAUAUAUUGUUUCCUCAAGUACAUUCUGUCAUCUGUACUUGUUCAUUCUGACACCUCAUAAAAAUGUUGAUGGAACAGUUUCACUUUCACUUGCACAUUUUAUUGUCUUGUCAUUAAAGUUAGUUAUGGUAACAGCAAGUCAUCAGAGCUAAACCUUGAAGGUAUUUUCUGCAAUCAUACUGAGAGAUAAUAAUGCAUGCUACUUUGAAGUUGAAUUCAAUUGUAUCUAGUGACGUGACUAAGUUAGUUCUCGCUAUCGCUAUGGCCACGUAACCAGUUCACCAUGCCGAGUAAUUUUGUGUGUGUGUGUGUGUGUGUGUGUGUGUGUGUGUGUGUGUGAGAGAGAGAGAGAGAGAGAGAGAGAGAGAGAGAGAGAGAGAGAGAGAGAGAGAGUUUUGUAUUAGUAUAGCUUUUUCCCUUAUAAUAAUUGAAAACAGUGCCACAGUUAGGUAAUUACACACGGUUUUUACAUCAGUAUUCACUUCUAUGCUGAAUAGUAAAAAGUUCCCAGCAGAUCCAGUAAGACUCUGUGAAACACUUUAAUGAAUUCCAUAUUUUGAACUGUGAUGAUGAGAGCAGAUGUUUUCUGUUAAAGUUGCUUGCUGACUUACAAUAGAUCACUUUAGAAACUGUACAAUGCAACUGUGACUGAAAAAUCAUACUAGUAACAUAUUUAAAUGUCUCUCUAAUAAUUGUACUCAUUUGAAAUAUAUUUUCGUACAUUUUAAGACAAAUAUAUAGAAGUAAAUUUUGAAAUUGACUGUUAAGCUCCAGUACAUUAUGUAUAGCGAUGUUGAUUCAGUUAACAGCCAUAUGUUACGCCUUGUACAUAAUAUAUUGUAUAGUGUUAAAACUGCAGGUAAUAUAUUGUACUUGUAUGUAAAGUUGCAGAAAAGAUAUUUUGUGCUAUGCACAGAGGAAGGAUAAAGAAAUUUUCAGGACUUGUUUAGAAUCUUCCAUUCCCAUCCUUAUCCACAUUCAUUCAACUUGAUACAGAAGGUGAGUGAGACUGAAGCCAUAAAUGAAAUGAAAAGAGAAUGUUUUAAGUACUGUUCAGUAUAAAAAAAUUAAUUGUUGCUUACAUGCAACAGAGACUGGUCCUGAGACAAUGUUAAAACAGCAAAGAGACGUUGUUACUUACAAAUUGAAAUUUCAGAUAGGUUCAAGUUACGGGAAAGCCUGAACUGCAUAGAAGGCAGUAUCUUAUUAUCUUAUUCAGAUAAUUUUGCUCAAAUUUACUAAUUCAAAAGCAGAGUUUUGUUCUGUUUAUCAUGAGUAAUACACUCACGACAAAAAGCAUGAGAUUAAAGUAUACGUGGACAUGAAUCACUGUUAGGAUUCAAGAGAAAAUAAUCAUGCCAUGUCACUGUUCGACCAAUACAGUAUAUAUAGAUUAAUAGUCUGCUUACGUUCAUGGUGAAGUGACAACAUCUCAACAGUCGCUUGCAAAAGUCUGAUGGAGACCAGAAAUUUGUAACAAGGGAUUCUCUCUAUUAGAAAGAGAGGAAUGAAUUAGAAAGGGGGGGGGGGGGGGUGGACUCGCUAUAUGUUCAUGCUAUAAGUCUCACAUUCCUCCUUCCAUACCUCCAUUUGCACAGCCCUGCAGUAUAAUAUGUUAUACCUCACAAAAGAAAAACUAGAGGCUUUGUAUAACAGAUGAUUAAAUGCUAUCACUGCCAAAGAGUUACUGAUAAGAAUGACUGGAGACAAAUGUAAAAUACUAAAUGGUAACAUGAAACUUAAAUUUCAUUCCUUCAACUUUAAACUGGAGAGAGAAAAUCCCUGUUUCUGAAAACAUAAGCCUUAAGUUGUGUGUGACAAAAGAAUUUUUGUAGUGUUCCAUGCAAGUGGAUAGAUUUUAUUGGCCUCCAUUCAGUUGGAGGUGAAUAGUACCAAUUUUGGUGUGUAGUCUCAAUUUAUGUUUGUGAACAGUUACUACCAAAGUAAGCACAAAAGAAUGUGAAUAAAAAGUAAUUAAGUGAAA